UAGGAGCCUCUGGGGGGAGUGACAGUGCAGAGGACCGGCUGUACCCCAGGUGGAGAAUCCACAUUGAAAACUGGAUGUGAAGGGGACCCGCCAAGGUCAUGAUCGACUGGCCCAAUGUGACGGCGUCCGGCAACCAGGAGCUGGGCCUGAAACCCGAGGAGCUGCAGAAGUCCAAAUGUGUCCUGGGUUUCAUUCCCGUCAUAUACUACAGCAUUCUGCUCUCCAUUGGAGUACCAGUAAACAUCCUCACAGCAGUGGCCUUGUGCAGACUGGCGUCCCGCACUAAGAAGGCUCUGUACUACUACCUCUUGGCAGUGACAGCCUCAGAUAUUCUCUCCCAGCUCUUCAUCAUCUUCGUCGGCUUCCUGCUGGAGACGGCAGUUUUUCACCGGGAUGUCCCCGCUCUCCUGCUGCACUCUGUCAGCGUCGCCGAGUUUGCAGCCAACCACGCUUCCAUAUGGUCCACCGUACCGCUCACUGUGGACCGCUACGUGGCGCUGUGCCACCCCCUCCUCCACCGGCAGAUCAGCUACCCGGCACGAGCCAGGAAGAUUAUCGGUGUGGUCCUGGCAGCAUCGAUCGCAUCGGGCGUGCCUUUCUUCUGGUGGUCAGACAUGUGGAGGAACAGUCAUCCGCCCACAGCGCUGGACGCCGUCCUCAUAUGGACACAUGUGACUAUCAUCUACUUCCUGCCGUGCAGCAUCUUCUUAGUGCUGAACUCUCUGAUAAUCCACACACUGAGGGUGAGGCAGAGAGAGCAGCGCUGUCAGGAGGAGCAGGGGACCAAGUCGGUCCCACUGCAAAGACUCGGGAAAACCACGGCCAUGCUGCUGGCCAUCACCUCAGUGUUCUCAAUCCUGUGGGCUCCCAGAACCAUCGUGGUCAUCUACCACCUGUAUGUGUCCACUGUUCAUCGAGACUGGCGCAUCCACCUGGCCUAUGACCUCUCCAACAUGCUGGCCAUGCUCAACACCGCAGUCAACUUCUUCCUCUACUGCUUCGUCAGUAAGCCUUUCCGCAGCGCCGUGCGGGAUGUCAUACUGCUCAGGGGGUCGCCGCUCUACUCUCGCCGCGCUCUGCCCCAGCAGCAGGUCCCCACCAACGCCUCCAUUUCCUCUCUGUACAGUGGGAACAGCAAGCGGUUUCAGCGGGACUUCACCCCCUUGUCACCUCAUGGGGCCAGAAAGCCCUCAUGACCCUGUGACUUGUCCUCUUAAUCCAAAACACCCAUCAUCCCACGGUCCCGGUGCACUCCUCACCCCAGGGACGCGUACUGUGUUCCAGCUACGACUGUGGGCAGCGACCAGUCGGCCCUGGGGCGCUCUCAGAGGGCCUGAUAGCGAC